AAUAAUGUGGACCAGAAAGGGAAAGUGAAGCCGAGAGCAGACUGAAAGCUAUCGCUUACAAAUUACACAGAGUGUCAGUGGUUUGAUUUCACCGUCCUCUGGUUAGAAGAAGCAUAUUUACUUGCAAGUAUAGUCUUGUGGUUGUCGGUUGGAGCUGCUGUCAAACAUCUGUUCCGGCUCAGGAACCUUUCAGUGACUCUCCUCUGUUCCGCCCGGAGGACUGUGGGGACGGGACCGUAAAUACACCUUAGGAACAGUUCCUCUGUCUGUCAGAACGGGCUCAGUCGUUCUCAAUGAGCCAGAGGAGCAGUUUGAGCCCAAGCUGAGCCGUGAAGUCCGUCUGUUCCGGUGUCCUGGUGUGAACAGACCUAGACAUGGAGUGGUGUUGGCGGACAGGAGGAGCCAGCGGGCUGCUGUGCUCCCUGUCUCUACUGUGUGUCCUCUUGGACAUCCAGCUGGACGGCGUCCUGGGCGCGACUCACGCCGAAAUUGAGCACCACUUGGAGAUGGGUCGCAAACUUCUGGCGGCCGGUCAGCUCGCUGAAGCCUUGUCCCACUACCACUCAGCCGUGGAGAUAGACUCUGAGAACUACCUGACCUACUAUAAGAGAGCUGCUGUGUUCCUGGCCAUGGGAAGAUCCAAGUCCGCUCUGCCCGAUCUGACCCGGGCCAUCCAGCUGAAGCCCGACUUCCUGCCAGCCCGGUUGCAGCGGGGAAACAUCCUGCUGAAGCAGGGCAACGCUGAGGAGGCCAGGGAGGAUUUUAGAAUGGUGCUGCAGCGCUCUGCAGACCACAAAGAAGCUCAGGAGCAGCUGAUGAAAGCGAGGGAUCUGGAGGUCUUCCAGGAAGAAGCCCAAACUGCGUACCACCAGGGCGACUACAGCGGCGCCAUCAACGCCUUGGAGAGGGUCAUAGAGAUCUCUCCCUGGGACCCGGAGUCGAGGGAGCUUCGUGCAGAUUGUUACCUGCGAAUGGGGGAUCCUCAGAAAGCCAUCCAGGAUCUCACGCCCGCAGCCCGGCUGCGCAACGACAACCGCGCAGCCUUCCUGAAGCUCAGCAGGCUGCUGUACAACCUGGGAGAGCAUCACGACUCCCUCAACCACAUCAGGGAAUGUCUGAAGCUCGACCAGGACGACAAGGAGUGUUUCAGCCACUACAAGCAGGUGAAGAAGCUCAGCAAGCAGCUGGAUUCUGCUGAGGAGCUGAUCCAGGGGGAAAGGUUUCAAGAAGCGAUUGAGAAAUAUGAAUCGGUGAUGAAGACGGAGCCGAAUGUCGAGUUCUACACCAACCUGGCAAAAGAGAGGAUCUGCUUCUGUCUUGUGAAGCUCCAGCUAGCGACCGAGGCCAUAGACGUCUGCUCAGAGGCCCACCAGAGGGACCCUCGAAACGCCAACAUCCUCAAAGACCGAGCGGAGGCCUACAUCCUCAACCAGGACUACGAGAAAGCUGUUGAGGACUACCAGGAGGCGAGGGAGUUCGACGGCGACAGCAACGCCAUCAGAGACGGUCUCGAUCGAGCGCAGAAGCUGCUCAAACUCUCCCGUAAAAGAGAUUACUACAAGAUCCUGGGAGUUGGCAGGAACGCUAAUAAGCAGGAGAUCAUCAAGGCGUACAGGAAGUUGGCGCAGCAGUGGCACCCUGACAACUUCCAGUCCGAAGCCGACAAGAAAGAGGCGGAGAAGAAGUUUAUCGACAUCGCCUCGGCUAAAGAAGUCCUUACCGACCCAGAAAUGAGGCAGAAGUUCGACGCAGGCGAGGAUCCGCUGGACCCGGAGACCCAGCAGGGCGGCGGACAGAGGGCCUGGCCGUUCCACUUCAACCCCUUUGAGUCCGGUGGCAACUUCCACUUCAAGUUCGAGUACAACUAGAGAGCAGAACUGGACUCUAGACAGACGUGUGUCGGAUCUUCCACUGGAUUUGUGCAUCAGCCUGGACGCUGUUUAUUCAGAGACAUAAACUUGUGUUGUUUUUUUCAGAAAAGGAACCACAAGAGAAAAUAACUGUGGUAAAAGGUGGUUGAAGAAAGUGAAAGCUUGUUU